CUGAGAGCAAUAUAUACAUCUGUCUCUACAGCCGAGUUACCACUAUCAAACAACAAAGGUAAAGUAGAAUACUGUUUACUAACGGUAACUAAACUAUCCAACUACAAAAUGCCAAGUGGCUAUUUAUCUAUUAUCUUCUGGUUCACUAUGCGACGCCGUUCUCUUCUUGUAGAGUUCACUACUUAGAUGAAAGCGACGUCGGAUGGGCAGCCUCUUCUUCGUCUUCAACACAGGUGAAAGGAAGCCUGAGUUGACUCUGAA